AUGGGGCACCUGCAAGGAACCAGAGAUGGGGGGUUGUGGGGCUGGGCACGGCUGGGGGGUGCCCGCGGCAGCGCUGUCCCACUGGUGCUGGUGGCGCUGGCACCCCCUGGGGCUCUGCCGUGCCGGCAGCAGCGCUGCGCACCCCCGCUCGGACGGGGGGUGCAGAGCAGGGGGUGCCCCCACUCACCAGCCGCCCCCCCAGCCCUGCUGCCCUACGUGCCCCGCCUGUCCCCCGCGGCGCUGCCAGGCAAGCUCACUGCCACCACCUUCGCCCUGGAGCGGCCUCGCUGCAUCUUCCAGCAGCACUCCAGCGCCUCCGAUGCCAUCUGGCUGGUGGUGGCUUUCGCCAACGCCUCGGCCGCCUUCAGGAACCCCCCGUCGCGGGCCGAGGUGCCCCUGUACCAGCAGCUGCCCACCAGGGGCUCCUACAUGACGCUGGAGAUGGCGGUGGGCACCUACCACUGCUCGGCGCCCAGCCCUGCCGUGCUGCGGGUCGGGGGUGACACAGCCUGUGCCGCCCAGGCUGGCCAGGACGCCUGCAACGGGCCCCUGCCCUCCCCGGGGCCCUACAGGGUGAAGUUCCUGCUGAUGGGCUGCCAGGGCCCCAAAGCAGAGAGCAGGUGGUCUGAGCCCAUCCUUCUGCCGAGAGAGCCCAGGUGUGGGCAGCCCUGUGCCACCAGGGUCUGGGGACCGACGCCUUCGCCCGCAGGUCCUACAGGACCCACCACAUCCCCCCGGCCCUGCCCCUGCCCACCGCCUGCGGGGGCAGCCCCCCAGGGCUGGGCUGCUUUGCCUCCUGCCCUCCUGCUCUGCGCCCUGCCAAGUAAACUCGCACCGGACGUGGCAGCUGCCUGCUCCUUGCCCGACGAUGCCCUCUCUGCCCCUCCUGGUGUCCUCGGUGCCGUUUGGUGCCCUUGGCCACCAGGCGUCCCCACUGCCACCCAGGCGGGGUUGGAGCCGUGGAGGGAGCUCAGAAAGCACCCAUGGCCUGGGCUUGGUGCACCCCCGUGGAGCGCAACGAGAGCAAGCGCAGGGUCCUGCGCCGGGGCCAGAACGAUCCUCGCUGUCUGCGCUGGGGAGGAGGCGCUGGGGAGCAGCCCCCUGGAGAGGCACUUGGGGGUGCUGGGGGAGGAGAAGCUGGACGCGAGCGGGCAGUGCCCAGAGGGCAAAGCAUGGCCUGGGCUGCAUCCAAAGCAGAGCCGGGGAGGGGAUUCUGCCACUUGGCUCUGGGGAGACCUCACCUGGGCUACUGCGUCCAGCUCUGCAGCCCUCGGCACGGGAAGGACAUGGAGCUGGUGGGGCAGGUCCGGAGGAGGGACGCGAGAAUGAUCAGAGGGUUGGAGCAGCUCUGCUGUGAGGACAGGCUG